AAUGUACAUUUCAAUGUCUCACGUACUAGUCAAGAACUCCGCUUUAUUUAACGUAUUUACGUUGUCACACAGAUAUAUACACGGUGUCAAUAUAAAUAUUGUUAUGUAAACGCGCUAUAGUUGAUAAUUUUUAAUUUGAAAUGGUGGCGAGAAAUUUCGAAGUUCGAGAAGUUUCUAAUUCGCGUUUUUUACACGAAACAGACGAAGAUGAUGGUAGUUUUAUCACUUUGCAAGAACUUAAACCGGUUAUUGUGCAACAGGAAUUGCAAUCAUAUCAACGCAGUUAUUAUGAAUUACCCAGUAUGAUAGAUGACCCCUGCUCAUCGAGUUUAUCAUAUCAGUCAAAUCAAAAUUCGACGUCUGCUUUAGAUGAUAGUAGCUCUUUAUCAAGUUCAAAUAACAGAAAACGAAAAACAUAUUUUCACGACGAUAUUGAAGGAAAGGAAGAUGGCGGAGAAGAUAAUAAGUCUAUCAAAUCAAACGACGACAAUAAAAAACAAAACCACAGUGAAGUUGAGAAACGUAGAAGGGAUAAAAUGAACACUUACAUCACAGAGCUCUCUUCUAUGGUUCCGAUGUGUCACGCGAUGUCCAGAAAAUUGGAUAAACUAACUGUUUUAAGAAUGGCUGUGCAGCAUUUGAAGUCUAUUAGAGGGGCCCUACCUUCCUAUACAGAAGGUCAUUAUAAACCAUCACUACUAUCUGAUCAAGAAUUAAAACACAUCAUUUUACAGGCUGCUGAUGGUUUUUUAUUCGUAGUUGGGUGCGAUAGAGGUAGAAUUUUAUACGUUUCAGAAUCUGUGUCAAAAGUACUCAAUUAUUCGCAGGGUGAUCUUUUAGGCCAAAGUCUUUUUGAUAUUUUACACCCAAAAGAUGUUGCCAAAGUUAAAGAACAGUUAUCUUCGUCUGAUAUUAACCCCAGAGAAAGACUGAUCGAUGCCAAGACUAUGCUUCCUGUCAAAACAGACGUUCCCCAAGGAGCGUCCCGCUUAUGCCCCGGUGCUCGACGUUCAUUUUUUUGUAGAAUGAAAUGUAAUGUUUCUUCACAAGUAAAAGAAGAAGCUGACACUACUACCGGUUACCAUAGACGGAAAAAAUACAAUUCAGAUAAAAAAUAUAACGUUAUUCAAUGUACGGGUUACUUAAAAUCGUGGGCACCAGCCAAAAUUGGUUUAGAUGAACAAGAAGAAGGAGACGGGGAAACUUGUAAUUUAUCGUGUUUAGUUGCCGUUGGAAGAAUUCUUCCACAUAUAUCGACAGUAGCUGCCAACUGUCAAGGAAGGCAUAAUAUUAGACAUAUUCAAUUCAUAUCUCGACAUGCUUUAGACGGAAAGUUUUUAUUCAUCGACCAAAGGUCGACUCUGGUUUUGGGAUUUCUUCCUCAAGAACUACUAGGUACUUCGAUGUAUGAAUAUUUUCACCACGAGGAUAUUCAGUCUUUGGCGGAUUAUCAUAAAGUGGCUUUACAAAGUACCAAUUCUGUUACGACUGAAGUGUAUAGAUUUAGAACGAAAAGCGGUGGUUUCAUUAAGAUACAGAGCGAGUGGAAGGCGUUCAAAAACCCGUGGACCAAAGAAAUAGAGAAUUUUAUAUCGAAAAAUAAUCUCAUCCUUACUGACUUUAGGACUGUAGAGAGCAGUGCCAGUCAUACUGAUAGGAUACGAGAAAAUAUUGAUUUUUUAACUCAACCGAACGGUAAAGACAUGCAUCUUCUAAUAAAUAAUCACAUAGAGGUCAGUAAAAUAGGUAGACAAAUCGCCGAUCAAGUAAUCGAUUCGCAAAGAAGGGGAGAUUCUUCUUGCAGCAACAGUCCGGUACCGGAAUCCUCAUUUACUUUACCGAUUUUAACCGGAGAGGCUCGUGUUUCACCAAGUCUUACGAGUGCAGAGGAGCAAAAUCAAAAUGCAAUAGGGGAUUUUUCGGAUUCGAAAUUUUAUGAUAUAAGAAAUUUGUCGGUAUCUAGUGUAGCAAACGAUCCAGUUUUAGGAGCAGCAACAGAUGAAGGUAUUAUAGAUAUGAUUGAAGAUGACAAUACUAGAACGGAGAGAGUAAAUCCUUCGUCGUCUGUAGAUGGUAACGACGAAGCAGCUAUGGCUGUCAUUAUGAGCUUAUUAGAAGCUGAUGCUGGUUUAGGGGGACCUGUAGAUUUCUCAGGAUUACCAUGGCCAUUACCUUGACCAGAUUAAAUUGUUUAGUAAUUUUUUGGCCUCAAAUUUUAAGUAAUUCAAAUGUGGAUUUGUGAACUAAAUAAAUAUAAUUGUUUUCAA